CGUCCAGCUUGGGCUUCGACAAACCACUACGAGGGAUCGGAAAAUGGCAGACAAACGACGCAUCAGGGGUGCUGCCAUCCAUCGGCCGAUCGUCUACGGUAGCGUUGCAACGAUGAUACCGGUUGAGGAGCGAAUAGCGAAGCCGGACCACAACAUGCGCUGGACGGUGGCCGUGCGGUCAGCGGCGUCGCCGGCGCCGGGCUCAGCGAUCCUGGAAGGGCGGGUGAUCCCGGGAGACGUGAUUGGCGGAUGCGACGAUCUGUCGUACUUCAUCAAGAAGGUCACCUUCAAGCUGCACGAAUCGUAUCCCAACCCAUUGCGGGUUGUCGACAAGGCGCCGUUCGAGCUCACCGAGACGGGCUGGGGCGAGUUCGUGAUCAACAUCACGAUUCACUUCCUCUCCGAGUCCGCCGAGAAGGCCAUCCAGCUCCAACACCCCCUCAAGCUGCACGACCCGACGGCCGACCCGAACUCUUUGAUCCCACCGGUCUGGCUCGACCAGUCUCUGGCCGAUUCUGCGCCGCAAAAUAAAUUCACAUCAGUAGUCCCCGACCCAGUGACUUCGAAGCCCAAUCCCAUCGACCAAAUAUCUCUGACCAACGAUCCUCCUCCUACUUCCACUCCACCAUUCAAACCUAGUACGGUGGUUCAUUCAUGGCAAUACUAUGAGAUCGUAUUCACCGAUCCCGUCGAGACUUUCUACACCAAACUCCUCGCUCAUCCGCCCACACCCGUUCCAGCCCAAAACAGAUUCCCAUCAGGGACCAUCCAACAGAUCUGUAAUAAGCGCGAGACUGGCAAAUUCUCCGCGGAUAUUGCUCAGCGUGAAUUCCCUCGGCAUAGCUACAUUCAGCCACAUCCAUCUCGAGAGCAACGCCCCCCAUCAAUCUUCCAGUCACAUCCACCCUCAAAUGCUAACAAGAACAAACCCACACGAGCCGCCGUGCCAUUCAAUCGACUUCAACUGGCCGCGGCCCUGAUCGAAUACAAUGAUGGCACUUCCGAUAAUCAGACCAAUAGUGGCAUAGAUUGGUCACUUCAAGAGCUUAUUUCACAACCAGUAACCACUCUCAAGCAAGCACCCUAUUCGGCCAUUUUCAUUCCAUUUCGCCAAACCCUUUCUUCCAAGCCGCUCGACUUCUUUUCGGGUUUAGAAUUGCCUUCUUCCCCCAAGUCGCCAGCUGGGAAAAGCAUGAGUGGCUUUGGGAUCGUAUCUGAAACCGGCGCUUCAAGGCUAGCCCAAACAAUCCCAGGUAAUCCUCGAAGGAUUUCUGAACCAGUUGUCAUCGAAAAUGCCAAAGUCACUGGCUCCCAAUCCGGCAUCGGUCCGUUUGAUAAUGAUGUUGAAGUGCUUUCUGAAUGGGGUUUGGACAAGGUAUUAUCGGGUAACCUAGAAACCCCGAAAUCGCCUGAUAGCGCUCAAGAACCAAAACCACACCCAAAAUCCGAACUCAGGACUGGCCGUGUCCCGGAGAAUCUCAAUGAUCGUCACCAAGUCCAAUCGGAUAUGUUCGAUUUCCAUUUUUCAGAGCUCAGGCUUCACAACGAGGAAGAGGAAAAAGCCGGAAAAUCGCUUACUCCCGAUUUCUUCGAUGACAAGAACAACCCGGAUGAACUCAAUCUUGUGAUUGAUGAUGAGGCUUUGUUGCGCCAAAGGGUUGGGUGUGACCCAGAAGGCAGGAAGCUGUUGCGGCCCCAAUCAGUAAUGGAGUUAAAAGAGACACGACUCCGGUAUCGACAGAAUAAAACAUCCACAACCAAGCAACUCGCCGCUCUCCGCGCUCAGACACCUCUAACAACUCAACCUGCAGCUUUUGAAAUCAACUCAAACAGCCAUUUACGCCAAGCCAGAAGGAAGUCCGCACUACGUACCAAGUCACUCUCCCCAGCCAGGGCCGUUAGUCAAGCUUCUGCGGGCGCUAUGGGAUCUAAGGGCUCCAAAAUCACAUCGACACGCCAGCGCUCAGCGUCUGGUACAAUGCAGACUCUUGAAACUCCACCAGUCGAUUUAUUACCAGCUCGUGGGAGGCGGAAAAGUGUUCUCGAUGAACCAUCCAACCGUCGGUUCAGUCUCAAUCCUCUCCAAGGUGUCCUGACCAAACGUUUACACCAACGAGGCAGGUCUGCUACCAGCAUCACCAAUCCUUCUCUGCAUGACAUGGAGCCAAUCAGAGCUAAAAAGUCGUCGGCCAACUCUGAGCUUACCGCUGAGAGUGUCUCUGGUGCAGUCUCGCCGAACAUGGGCGGCCCGAAUUCGAUUUCUGAGCCCAAACCGAAAGGCAGAACAUCAACCGAUAUCGCUGAACGAUAUCAGAAGUCAAUUGCUAUGCUUGAGGGGCGGAAGAGCGAAGACAUGACCUAUGACGUCCCAAAUCCACUCAGAUCUUCUUUAAGUGGAUCUCAGGCGGGAAAAGACACUGAAGGAACUACUAGGGAUCACCAGAUCAGCAUGCUCAACCAAGUUGGAUCAAAUCCUGAUAGCCAACCAGGAAGUGAAUUCUCACUUGGAGCUCCAAAACAGUUUACGAGUCGUUUUGAUCCUAAGGUCGCCUCGGUGCUUUCGCAAGCUACGCCAACAGGCAUGAGUCUGCAAGACGACUUGGAACAAUCCGAAAACCGCUCUCUUCGCAAUGACGGCAAUGAUGAAGAUGAUGGUGGUGCAGAUGACUUUGAAGUAAAUGAUGACAAGAAUAGUGCAACUGAGAUGCAUAUCUACGACGAGCAUGGGCGAAUCAGAUUUCCCGCAUCUCUCAAACCGUUGGUCUUAAUCAUGCCGAUCCCACUUACACCAGCUCAACCUGAGCCAGAAGAGGUUCAGGAACUUGACUUGGAGGCUAUUGCCGCAGAGGAGGCAGCUCAAGCGGAGAAAGCCAAGCUCGAGGAAAUUCAAAGGCUGAAAAAUGUUAGACCAGCCGGCAAACUAUAUGGCAGGAGCUUGAUAGAUGAGUUAAACUCAAGGAAGGGGAACCAAAAAUCGAAACAAAUGGCUUUUGGAGCUAACCCUUCAGCAAAAAUGUUUAAUCAGCAUCUCUCACCGGAGGACGCUAGUCGGCCGGGCUCGAUCUACUCCGCAGUUGACGUUGUCCCAGAAGUCAGGGUAACGCUUCCAAACAGCUCAAGUUCGCCGAUGCAUUUGGCCAAUCAAGCCUUACAAACCACUCAAUCAAAAUUCAAUCAAGCACUGAUCAACUCAUCCAAAGCACGCAAGAGUGUGUUUGGAAUGGAUAUGAUCAUGAAAGCUGAACUCGAAAAAUUGAAAAAGAUCAAGGCGAUGGAGGAACAAGAACUCAGGGAGGAGGAGUCUAAGAUUGAGGCUAAAGAGGCUAAGAAGCAGGCUAAGAGGAAAGGCAAAAAGAAAGCAGUCGAUGAAGAUGCGAAAACUGAUGAGCUUAAGGAUCAGAUCAACAAUCGCUUAUCUCGCAUGGAUAAUUGGGACGCGCUAUUGGAGAGAGAGACUGGACCCCCUCCGAUUCGAGAGCCAAUAGCACCCACACCAUUACCUGUCCUGCUUUCGCCUGUGAAUCAAAGUGAAAACUUGGUCAGUAAUAUGAGCGAUUGGUUCGAGGAUAAAGCAAAUGAAUCGUUGAUAGACUAUACGCCGAUCAUGCCCCCAUCAUUGGAUUUUGAAGAGGAUGUCGGAUUCGGAAACGUAGACUCAUUGGCUCGAAAACUUGAGAUGCAAGUUGAAGAGAUGAAGUAUAAACCUUUACCCAAUCGGUUUGAGAACCAUGGCAUGGUUCGUGCCAACAGUGUCCAAAGUCAAGCUGCCCUUUUAUCCCUUGCAACUAGAGGAAAUACCCCCAGCCUUCUAAUGGCCAGUCCUCGUGGGGUUGCUCAUGAAGAUGACGAGGAAGGAGAAGAACUUCUUCUGAACAUAAUUCCCGAAAACAGUCGACAAUCCCUCUUGCCUCGAUCUACCUUGCAGCCAUGUGAAGAACUAGACGACAACGUGCCUCUUUCGUACCGUAGGAAGUCCAAUUUACUCAAGGCUGACGCUGACUCCGACGAAGAGGAUGAUAACCGGCCACUGUCGCACAUUGGGACCAAACUCAUGCCUGGAAUGGCUCAAUCGCCUAUCCGAUCGGCCUCUUCUCAUGAGUCAGAUGAAGAACUACCAUUAGGUAUCCGGGCUUCAAUCUUACUUUCUAAAAAACACCCGCCCAUCGAUCUUACACAUGACGGGGCAUCCUCCGAGGGUCCAAUUGGCUCUGGGGCAUCAGAUGAAAGCGAUAUGGUACCCCUUGGGAUUCGAGCCUCAACCUUUCUACCUACACCCUCCCAGGCUGCCCGCCCGUCAGGGGUUAGCUCAUCAUCACAUGAAGACAACAUUCCAUUAGCAUAUCGUGCAUCCAGGAUGGGACUUCACGCGCUUCAAGGGCAACACUCUGGACCUACGGAGAUCCUGGCCAGUAGUGGGCAUUCGAUCGGAGGACAGUCGGACGAUGUUCCAUUGGCAGCCAGAUUAUACAACCCUAGUCGACCCUCAACUGUGAACCCAACAUUUUCCUUCCACUUCCAAGCCGCCGCCUUCAACAAUCCCUACCAAACCACCACCCCGAGGCUCUUCGCCAAUCAGAAUCAACCACGGAUUACCACGAUCAACGAUGAUGGUGAUGAGGAUGACAAUGUUCCACUAGCGCAGAGAGCAUCGGCCUUACCACCUGCGGCGGGCGUAGACUCUAAAGAUGACUUGCAAAGGCUUGAUAUAGGCUCCGAUACUAGUCAGAACAUUGUUGUGACUCCGUUGGAGAGUGAGGAGUCCAGGCUGGAAUUUCCAGAGCGGUCGAUCAGUCAAAAGCGAGAGCCGAGCAAACUACGCAGUCCAAUUCCGAGCCAAGUGGUCGACGAGAGUGUGGCCAGAGAAGACACCCUGGCAGCUUUGGAAGGUCGCGGGAACCUGGAAGCUCAUGCCGAUGAUGAUGUGCCCCUCGGUGUCACUCGGGCUGCGCACUCCUCCACUGGGACCCUGCAAAGGGAACGGACUAUGAUCAAGAGACAGAAGGAGAAGGCGCGCAAGCUGGAGGCUGCUAAAGCUAAGGCCGAGCUCGAAGCCUUGACUAGUGCUCAAAAACAGACUGUUGAAGGGAAGAAUACUGACAUUGAAUUGCGUCCUCAAGAAGAACAAGCCAAGAAGGAGGAGGAGGAGGAUGAUGAUGACGAGUAUGUUCCAUUAGGAAUGAAUGCACAUGCAUCGGUGAUGAAUCUUGCAUCUAAGGCCAAUGCUGCUGCCAACAACGACGAUGAAGAAGACGACAACAUUCCAUUGGGGAUCAGCCGACACACAUUGAUGAUGAACCCACAAGAAGCAAUGAUGCGGAAGCUGGUCGAGCAGCAGAACGCGGCCUUUGGUUUCCCGCUCUCCGGCCCCAACCAUCCAACCCACCAUUUCCCAAACCACAUGUCCAUGAUGAUGUGUCCUCCUCAUCAGGCCCCUUUCUUUCAGCAACAACAGUACCAGUUUCAAGUUCAACAGCAACAACAACAACAUCAGCAGCAGCAGCAGCAGGGACAUGGCACUGACACCGGGAGUCCAGUGUUGGACUCUUCUACCAUUAGUAGAUGGAGACAAGACAUCCAAUAGUCCAAUUUUUUUUUCCAACCCUUUUGUGUAUCCUAGUAUUUCAAACUCGUCUCUAUCUUUCUUUCCCCUCUUUUUUUUGGUUCUAUGCUCGAGAUUUGAGAUUAGAGUUUUACUUGUUAUAGGUCGUUGUUGUAAUUAGUAACUGUUUUGCAUUUUCAUCUCAUUGUAUUACCUCAUCACGUCACUUCCUUUUCAAAAAUGAUAUUAGUUUUGCUCCACAAAGUACAAGCUUUGAAAACCACUGGAAGUUCAUAAAUAGCCCAAAUGUUCACAAGGGUGAUUUUCAUAGUUUCUUUGUUAUAGGUCGUUGUUGUAGUUAGUUACUGUUUCGCAUUUUCAUCUCAUUGCAUUACCUCAUCACGUCACUUACUUUUCAAAAACUCUGCAUCAUCUAGCUCCUCAUUCUUAAUACACAAACAAGUCAAUGAUGUUGAAAAUUUAUGUAUGUUCCAGAUGAUGUUAUUGUGGAUUAUUGUUAUCCAGAUGAGGGGACGCUCAGGUUUCCACCCCACCCACAAUAUAUUUGAUGGUGAUGGAAUCAACCAACCAGCUUUGAAAUUGUGGAAAUCUGUUCUGAGGUCACCUGGUCAAUCUUUUCCA